UACAGCGGAGAAAGGCGUGGGACAUCGCGUGGCGGUGCGGAGGACACUGCAUAAUCUCUCUCCCGAACACAUGCUCUUACCAAACAUUUAUUGUCCUGCCCUCUCGCCCUUCUCCUUCUUCCAAGCUUUUUGGGCAUAAAAAACCAGAGAAAAAACCGAACCCCGGUGAAAGCGAGCUGCACCAAAAAUGGAGAUAUUACAGUCUCAGAGGGUGGAAUUGAUGGUGGGCGUAGCCGUUGCGCUCGUAGCCGUUGGUGCCGGCACUGCCUAUUACAUCCAUCUCUCCAACAAAAAACCCAAAGGUUGCUUGGAUCCCGAAAGCUUCAAGGAAUUCAAACUUGUCAAACGCACCCAGCUCAGCCACAACGUGGCUAAGUUUAGAUUUGCUCUCCCUACGCCAGAUUCGGUUGUGGGACUUCCAAUAGGACAACACAUGAGUUGCAGAGGAAAGGAUAGUCAGGGUGAAGAUGUUAUAAAACCCUACACGCCUACCACUUUAGAUUCAGACAUCGGUUACUUCGAGCUGGUCAUAAAGAUGUAUCCACAAGGAAGGAUGUCCCACCAUUUUCGAGAGAUGUGUGAAGGUGAUUACCUUGCUGUGAAGGGACCCAAGGGAAGAUUCAAGUAUCAACCUGGCCAAGUUAGAGCUUUUGGAAUGCUUGCUGGAGGCACUGGCAUUGCACCAAUGUUCCAGGUCACCAGAGCCAUACUAGAAAACCCAAAAGACAAAACCAAUGUACAUCUGAUCUAUGCAAAUGUGACUUAUGAAGACAUUCUUUUGAAGGAAGAACUGGAUAAUCUGGCUAGUAAUUUUCCUAGCUGCUUUAAUGUCUACUAUGUUUUGAAUCAGCCACCUGAAGUAUGGGAUGGUGGAGUUGGAUUCGUAUCCAAAGAAAUGAUUCAAGCCCAAUGCCCUGCGCCUGCACCUGAUAUUCAGAUACUGAGGUGCGGGCCUCCACCCAUGAACAAGGCAAUGGCUGCUCACCUUGAUGCUCUCGGAUACACUCCCGAGAUGCAAUUCCAGUUCUAAGAUGCUACUUCUGUUUGUCCUUCCGCUACAUGAUUUUGUAACGUAACGAACAUAUGAUCUCCAUUGUUAGCAGUUUACAUAGCCCAGCCCUGGUAGCAGGGCUCUAAACAACCGGAGGCACCGUUUUUUUCGCAUAACGAAUGAAGUUUGUGGUGGGCGGAUCACCGGUCAUUUCAAUUUAAAUGGCUUUAGUUGACUCUUUACUGGCUCAAUAAUUAGCCGGAAAACAUCAUCUGUUUUUUCUUGAUAAUGGCGUGUACUUCUUGCAUGUUGAGGAAGAAAGAGCUUUGCUGGUC